GAAUCUUUGUAGUAGUUUACCCUUGUCUCCUGAAGACUUUGACCACAGCUGCUCCCAGCCCUCAGCUGUCCUGAGAAAAGGACCACCUCUGAAACCAGGGAGACUUUCGGGAGACUCAGCCUAGCAGACCCUCUGAAGAGCAAUGCUAAGACGACCUUUGGGUUAAAGAAUUAAAAGAAAGGACAAGUUCUUCAGAUAAGAAGACCUUCAAAGGAAGAAAACAAUUGGCACUGUUGAAGAGAAUGACUGUGUUAAGGAAGGUCUGGAUGGCAGUGCCCAGCCGGGAGGUGGCUGUUAGUCCAGAGGAGAGAUGGCAUAGCUCAAAUUCUCAGCGUUCACCAGUAGUUCCCUGCAUGAAAAAUUAUUUAAACAUUGCACACAAAUCUUUGUAAAAGAAGAGAAGAAAAUUCCGCUUGUGGGUCUCAGCAGGAGUGAAGCUAAUGCAGCUUAAAAUAAUGCCGAAAAAGAAGUGCUUAUCUGCAGGCAGAGUGCCCCUGAUUCUCUUCCUGUGCCAGAUGAUUAGUGCGCUGGAAGUACCUCUUGAUCAUGGGGAAAAAGCAAAACUUCUUGAAGACUUGGUACAACCUCCAACCAUCACUCAACAGUCUCCAAAAGAUUAUAUCAUUGACCCUCGGGAGAACAUCGUAAUCCAGUGUGAGGCCAAAGGGAAACCUCCUCCAAGCUUUUCCUGGACACGCAAUGGGACUCAUUUUGACAUAGAUAAAGACCCUUUGGUCACCAUGAAGCCUGGCUCAGGAACACUCAUAAUCAACAUUAUGAGUGAAGGGAAAGCAGAGACCUAUGAAGGCGUCUAUCAGUGUACAGCAAGGAAUGAACGUGGAGCUGCAAUUUCUAAUAACAUUGUUGUACGCCCAUCCAGAUCACCAUUGUGGACCAAAGAAAAACUUGAACCAAUAACACUUCAGAAUGGCCAACCAUUAGUGCUUCCCUGUAGACCUCCAAUUGGAUUACCACCAGCUAUAAUAUUUUGGAUGGAUAAUUCCUUUCAAAGACUUCCGCAAAGUGAGAGGGUUUCCCAAGGCCUGAAUGGAGACCUUUAUUUUUCCAACGUCCUCCCAGAAGACACCCGUGAGGACUAUAUCUGCUAUGCCAGAUUUAAUCACACUCAAACCAUACAGCAGAAGCAACCUAUUUCUCUGAAGGUGAUUUCGGUGGAUGAAUUGAAUGACACUAUAGCUGCUAAUUUGAGUGACACUGAGUUUUAUGGUGCUAAAUCAAGUAAAGAGAGGCCACCAACAUUUUUAACUCCAGAAGGCAAUGCGAGUCGCAAAGAGGAAUUAAGAGGAAAUGUGCUUUCAUUAGAGUGCAUUGCAGAAGGCCUACCUACCCCACUUAUUUAUUGGAUAAAAGAAGAUGGAACACUACCUGCUAACCGGACCUUUUAUCGGAACUUCCAAAAAACCUUGCAGAUUAUUCAAGUUUCAGAAGCAGACUCUGGAAAUUACCAAUGUAUAGCCAAAAAUACACUAGGAAUCAUUCGUCAUACCAUUUCUGUCACUGUCAAAGCGGCUCCAUAUUGGAUCAUGGCACCCCGAAACCUUGUGCUGUCCCCAGGUGAAGAUGGAACCUUGAUCUGCAGAGCUAACGGCAACCCCAAACCCAGAAUUAGCUGGUUGACAAAUGGAGUUCCGACAGAAAUUGCUCCUGAUGACCCCAGCAGAAGAAUAGAUGGUGAUACCAUAAUUUUUUCUAAUGUUCAAGAAAGAUCGAGUGCAGUUUAUCAGUGUAAUGCUUCUAAUGAGUAUGGAUAUUUACUGGCAAACGCAUUUGUCAACGUGCUUGCUGAGCUCCCACGAAUCCUCACACCUGCAAACACACUCUACCAGGUCAUUGCAAACAGGCCUGCUUUCCUAGAUUGUGCUUUCUUUGGGUCUCCUCUGCCCACCAUUGAGUGGUUUAAAGGAGCCAAAGGAAGUGCUCUUCAUGAAGACAUUUAUGUAAUACACGAAAAUGGAACUUUAGAAAUUCCUGUGGCUCAAAAGGACAAUUCAGGAACCUACACAUGUGUUGCCAGGAAUAAAUUAGGAGUGGCAAAGAAUGAAGUUCAUUUAGAAAUCAAAGAUCCAACGAGGAUUCUUAAACAGCCGGAAUACGCAGUUGUGCAGAGAGGGGGCAGGGUGUCCUUUGAAUGCAAAGUGAAACACGAUCACACCCUCAUUGCCACUGUCACGUGGCUGAAGGACAAUGGUGAGCUGCCCAAUGAUGAAAGGUUCACUGUGGACAAGGACCACUUGGUGGUGACUGAUGUGAGAGACAGCGAUGGGGGGAUCUACACAUGUGUGGCCAACACAACUCUGGAUGAGGUUUCUGCCAGUGCUGUGCUCAGUGUUGUUGCUCCUACUCCAACUCCAGCUCCCAUUUACGAUGUCCCCAGUCCUCCCUUUGAUUUAGAAUUGACUGAUCAAUUGGACAAGAGUGUUCAGCUCUCGUGGACCCCAGGAGAUGACAACAACAGCCCUAUUACAAAAUUCAUCAUUGAGUAUGAAGAUGCCAUGCAUGAGGCAGGGCUGUGGCACCACCAGGCCGAGGUUUCUGGAACGCAGACCACAGCCCAGCUGAAACUGUCUCCAUACGUGAACUAUUCCUUCCGGGUGAUGGCCGAGAACAGCAUUGGGAGGAGCCUGCCCAGCGAGGCCUCCGAACAGUACCAGACCAAAGCCGCAGAACCAGAUAAAAAUCCUACAGCUGUGGAAGGAUUGGGAUCAGAGCCUGAUAAUUUGGUGAUUACAUGGAAGCCCUUGAAUGGUUUUGAAUCGAAUGGGCCAGGCCUGCAGUACAAAGUGAGCUGGCGCCAAAAAGAUGGCGAUGAUGAAUGGACAUCUGUGGUUGUGGCAAAUGUGUCCAAAUAUAUUGUCUCCGGCACCCCAACCUUUGUCCCCUACCUGAUAAAAGUUCAGGCUCUGAAUGUCAUGGGGUUUGCUCCAGAGCCAGCUGUAGUCACAGGACAUUCUGGAGAAGACCUCCCAAUGGUGGCUCCCGGGAAUGUGCGUGUGAAUGUGGUGAACAGUACCUUGGCUGAGGUGCACUGGGACCCAGUGCCUCUGAAAAGUAUCCGAGGACGCCUACAAGGCUACCGGAUUUACUACUGGAAGGCGCAGAGUGCAUCCCAGAGGAACAGACGGCACCUUGAGAAGAAGAUCCUCACCUUCCAGGGCAGCAAGACCCACGGCAUGCUGCCCGGCCUGGAGCCCUUCAGCCACUAUGCCCUGAACGUGCGCGUGGUCAAUGGGAAGGGAGAGGGCCCGGCCAGCCCCGACAGGGCCUUCAGCACUCCCGAGGGAGUCCCCAGUGCUCCCUCCUCUUUGAAGAUUGUGAAUCCCACACUGGACUCGCUCACUCUGGAAUGGGAUCCACCGAGCCGCCCAAAUGGCAUUCUGACUGAGUACACCCUGAAGUACCAGCCAAUAAACAGCACACAUGAAUUAGGCCCUCUGAUAGAUUUAAAAAUUCCUGCCAACAAGACACGCUGGACUUUAAAAAAUUUAAAUUUCAGCACUCGGUAUAAGUUUUAUUUCUAUGCCCAAACAUCCGUAGGACCUGGAAGUCAGAUUACAGAGGAAGGAGUAACAACUGUGGACGAAGGUAAGAUGGCUGGUAUUCUUCCACCUGAUGUAGGUGCAGGCAAAGUUCAAGCAGUAAAUCCCAGGAUCAGCAAUCUUACUGCUGCAGCUGCUGAGACCUCUGCCAAUAUCAGUUGGAAAUAUGAGGGACCAGAGCAUGUGAACUUUUAUGUUGAAUAUGGUGUAGCAGGCAGCAAAGAAGAAUGGAGAAAAGAAAUUGUAAAUGGUUCUCGGAGCUUCUUUGGGUUAAAGGGUCUAAUGCCAGGAACAGCAUACAAAGUUCGAGUUGGUGCUGAGGGGCACUCUGGUUUUGUGAGUUCAGAGGCUGUGUUUGAGACAGGCCCAGCAAUGGCAAGCCGGCAGGUGGACAUUGCGACUCAGGGCUGGUUCAUAGGUCUGAUGUGUGCUGUCGCGCUCCUUAUCUUAAUCUUGCUGAUUGUUUGCUUCAUCAGAAGAAACAAAGGUGGCAAAUAUCCAGUUAAAGAAAAGGAAGAUGCCCAUGCAGAUCCUGAAAUCCAGCCCAUGAAGGAAGAUGACGGGACUUUUGGAGAAUACAGUGAUGCAGAAGACCACAAGCCUUUGAAAAAAGGAAGUCGAACACCUUCAGACAGGACUGUGAAAAAAGAAGACAGUGAUGACAGCCUGGUUGACUAUGGUGAGGGGGUGAAUGGCCAGUUCAAUGAGGAUGGCUCUUUCAUUGGACAAUACAGCGCCUUUGCCAUCCUCAACCACAAGCAAGUUGGGUACCUAACCACGCUUGAUGAAAAGCUUGGACAUUUACAGGUAUUACAUCCACUUCUUCCUCUCCACCCUCAUUUUUCUCUUUGUCCAAAAACUAUCUGUGCAAAUAGCCCAAAAUUAGCAUGCUUUACCACCUGCCUCUUAGUCACAGGUCCCCUGGUCCCAGCCUUGCACCCAUGACGCCAGCUGGCUAAAUUCCUCUCCCUACACAGUCAUUGGGAUAACACAAUAUAUAUGAAAACCGUUACCAUACUACAUAACACUUAGUCUUUCUGCAUGGAGGGCACAUCUGUGGCUCUGGAGACCAAUCAGGCCCUCCCUUCUCCAGAUUCACAGACCACAGCCUCUGUCCACGUGUCCAUCCCUGCUUAGCAACAAGGACUUGCAAAAUGUAAGUCUGACCACAAAAAGCAUGAGUCCAUUGCUGGUACAAAUCGUCUUCUUCGGGUUUAUAAUGAUCCUGCUUUACUUUUAAUGACUGCUUUGGAAAUGGCUUGCUGAGACAAAGAACUGAGAUUUCUUACCCAACGCAUGAGAUUUUUCUACAGGUGACCACCAGAGGGCUCCUGAGCUUUACUCAGCAAGAAAAACAAGCUUGCUCCCAAAAGCAGCCAGUUUUCAAAACAGUACAUGUCACUUAGAGUAAUCAUACUAAGAGCUCAUGAUGCAGAAAAAUGAUUGCCUGCUGCAACAGGGGAGAUGAGAUCAGCAGCUUUCUCUGAUAAGUUCACAGCUCCAGGUACAAAGCUACAGCCUGAGAGUUUUUCACUGCCUUCUUCCUGUAGGUAGAUUGAAUUCUCAGUAACCCUCUCAGGGACAAGGGAAGGAGGGAUGGUAGGCCCUCCAAGGAGCUUUUCCUCCUUUUCCUCAAGUGUGCUAUUCUGCCGGAUAUCAAUGGUUCUGAUGUUUUAUGAUUGUAGAGCAUCAAAAGUAGCAUGGUUUGAGCACAGAUGGCUCUUAUUUUUCACUUGAAAGGAUGACAGAGCAUACCAUUACAGCUGUAUUAAACAAAUAGUUGCUAGGUGGAGGUGGAAAGGUCACCGUUCUGGAGAGAGAGGACCUACCUUCCAGUUCUGCCAUAGCUCAUGGCUGUGUAGAGGUGAACUCGCUGAUAGCCCUCUUGUCUGUGUCUGUUUCCUUGCUAGAAAAUGACAACUCCUACAUGAUUUCUAGGACACUUUGGUGCUUGAAUCUAGUGGUUCUAGUAUCAACAGCAAAAUUCCAAGCACCCAUCAGAACCAGAUCUUUAGCUAUCAGAGGAAGAGAUGUGCAAAAACAGAUGGGGGCCCUGCUCCCCGGGGGGCCUGAUGUCUAUGUGGGAAACAGACAUGAUCAAAGGACCACCUAGAUGAAUGUGUAGUUCCACACUAAACCAGAGAAAGCUGGGGAGGGCCACUAUCCUGGAAACACAAAUGACAACAGAGCCCAGCCCAGAAGUGGCAGGCAGGAAGGUUGCCCUGAAGAAGUAUGCAUGGAGAAGUGAGGGACAGAGAAGGAUAGGGAGAAGCAGGCCAGGCAGAGCUGCUGAAGGGGCCAGCAGGCCUGGAACAGAGGCCUUACCUAGCCUGCGUAUCCAUGAAGCUUCUGCAUUUAAGGAGCCGUGCAAAGUUUGUGUUGAGGGAAGUGAGGAUCACGGCACUGUGAGCGUAAUGUCCUGGAAUGGUGACUUUGGAUAGGUACUCUUUCAAUCAGAAGCUGGAUCCAGGUAAUAGCGCAGGAGGCUGAAAGGAGAGAGUGGAGUCUGAAGAUACUAGUGAACAGAACUGGCAAGAGUGUUGGCUGGCACACUGGGAGAUGGGGAAAGAAGGUGUCAGGAGGGAUAGCACCUGGAUUUCUGACUUGCCUAACUACCCACGAGCUGUGCUGAGGUGGGAACCUUAGAAAAUAACCAGGUUGCAGGGGGGUGUAAAGUUACAUAUAAAUUAGAUGAGCAGAUGAAAACUUCAAAAGCUUCAAGCCAUGCAAUCGGAAGCAACUGGAAGGGAUUGGAGGUGUGAGCUUAGAGCUCCCAAGAAACUCUAAAGAGUUAAGCCAUGAGGCCUGGAUGAGGUUGCCAAGAAAGAAGAAUAUAGGCAAGGGGCUGAGGGCUCCCCUUACUAGGAAACCCUGAAAUAUAAUGCACAGGAGGGGCUCUACAUGAGAACAUCCAGCAGGAGCUAUUCUCAGGAGUUCCAGGCCCAGAGACACAAGGACAGUGUGAUGACUUGGGAGCCAGUGAAAGAGACCAUUGUGAGAAUGAGAAAUGGAGCAACAUGAGGGGUGGAAAAUGUCUGGGACUUGAAAACAUGGAGGUCAUCCGAGACCUUGGCAAAAGCUUCAACAGAGGGUGGCAGCAAAUUGGAAAGAGAUGAACAGUAGGAAAUGAAGACACUGAGUUUUGCCUUCGCUCACGUAGACAGCCCUGCUGGCUCCCCCAGGCUUAGUUCCUUGACAUCCCUUCCUCAGUCAUCACGUGACCCCAGUGUCCCACUCUGCCCACCACUCUCCAGCCCGACUGUUCCCUUGGCUUUCUCCCAAGCCCUCGGUGUAUUCCUUUAUUCUGUCCCUUCUCCAGCAGAGUUUCUUUACCUCUUUGUCUUUUCUAGUUAUCUGCAGAGGUAUUAUGGAACUCAGGAUCAAGCCUCCUGCCUGUGCAUAGAAGCUAAGAAGCAGAACUUUCCAUAUCACUGGAAAUGCACAAACACCUCCCAACAGUUCACUUUCCGAACUGGCCCAGUAGGCUUGCUAUUUUUCUCCAGAGAAUUUACACUCUCACACUCAACAAGGACUUUCAAAUCCUCCACUCUCCUCAAACAUUAAACCUUGGCCUCUCUUCCUGCUUACCGCACAAAGCACCUUCUACAAAAUGACCUUACAGCACAGUUCAUGGAGGGGAGGGGACAAAAGGGACAAGAUGGGAGGGGAAACGUACCUGAGGGCCCCUCAUCUGCUAGCCAGCCUCAGUGUGCUCCAUUUUAGCCCCUGCCUCCUGGAGAAGCAGAGGCGUCCUAUUUCCUCUGGCCCAGAACUAGGCUUUCCUCCUAGGUGGACUGUUAGCCGUCACAUGCUUUUGUUUUCCUGGGUCAUCCCUGACGUUCAAACAGCUCAAAUCUCUCAGAAGCAGACAGAGCUCUAACGCAUUUCAUUCCCUCUCCUCUGCACCCCACUGAGUUAUCUUCUUCCCUCUUCCUCUUCAUAGUCAAAAAGGUUAACGUAAUAGCAGAAGUAUAUGAGGACAAUCAUAGAGGCUACUCUGCCAGACAGUACAUCCUUUGUCCUUCUUCAGCCAUCAAAUUUCUCCAGCCACACUGUUUUUCUAUAUAGACAAUGUCUUUCUUCAUCUGUAAGUAUGUAGCGUGUUAUCUCAGUGGAUGACUCAACAAAGUUUUUUACUUUUUCUUGAGAGGUGUUCAGUUAACACACUGGAAUCACCUACAGGUUCUAACAUGUGAUACCUGAAGGAUCUCUGUUGUUAUUGUCUGAGAUGUGGCUUCUACAUCAAGACUUUUUAAAGCUUACCAAAUGAUUCUGAUGUGGAAUCAGGAUGGAAACCAGCACAAAGGAACACCCUUGCUCCCACACUAUUGUAUGUGUACUCACAGUAUCCAGGUUUUCCGUACAUUUCUGCAUAUACCCCUCCAGGUGGAUCUCAGUUUCUCUUGUAUUCCUCUCAUUAAAAAACACCUAAAGAAAAUACCCCCCCCCAUAUUGCUGGUGAAAAUGUAACAUGGUGCAGACUUUUUGGGAAACAAUUUGGCAGUUUCUCUAAAUGUUAAAUAUGAAUUUGCCAUGGGAGCCAGCAAAUCUGCUCCUAAGUAUAGACCUAAGAGAAACAAAAGCUAUGCAAAGACUUCUACUUUAAUACUCACAGAAGCAUUUAAUCACAGUGGCCAAAAAAUAACGCAAUGUCCAUGAAAAGAUGAAGAGUAACAAAAGGUGGCUUUUAUCCAUACAAUUAAAUGGUGCAUCUACAUAAAUAUUAUUUAUUGAUUUUUAAGUAUUAAUAUGGCGAGCAGGCAGUCGUGAAUUCAAUCCCUGGUACCGAUAAAAAUGAAAAAGACAAAAAAAAAAAAGUAUUAAGAUGGACUGCAAUGAGAGACCCCCUAAAGAGUAUUGUGCCAAAUUAAAGAAACCAGACAAAAAAAGACCACAUAUUGUGUCAUUCCAUGGACCUGAAGUGUCAGAAAAGGCAAAGCCCUGAAGACGGAGUAGCCUGUGACUGCCUGGGGUGGGAACAAGGAUUCAUACUGUAAGUUGAUAUGAUGGAUUUUACUCCAGCGAUGGAAAUGUUCUGCAGCUAAAUUGCACUGAUGAUUGUACAAUUUGGUAAUUUUACUAAGCUAUCAUUGAAUUUUCUACUGAAAAGAAAUGGAUAUAUAGUAUUAAAUCACACUUCAGGAAAGCUGUUCUCAAAACCAUUUCACCUGGGAAAUGACUGGGGCUGUGUAUACAUGAGGCUUGUGGUGCAAAUGCACCACAUGACACGGCAGCUCACCUCCAUGUCCUCCUGUGUCCUCAAGGACACACUGCAAGACUAUGGUUCUCAAACAGUGUCCCCUGGAACCACAGCACCAGCAUCACUUGUUGAAAACACAGAUUCUCCACCCAACCAAUCUCUGCAGCGACAGGAAAUCUGUGGAUAGGGACCAGAAACUGGGCCUUAAAAGCCCUCUGGGUAAUUCUGAUGCACAUGAGAUAUGCGGUGCUCAACCUGUUGGCCAGCCGCACUCCUCUCCCACUCUAGGAAGACACAUGAUUUAUCUGCUGAUUUAAAAGAAGAAACUGGACUCUUCUUAUAAGAGCAAAAAACAAACGCAAAUGCCCAUCAAUAAAUGUACAGAUAAAUAAAUUUUGGUAUAUAUACCAG